UGGGAGGGCCGCCCGAGCGGCAGAGCUGACUGCGGGAAGCGGGACCUGCGGCCGCAGUCUUACUUGCAGCAGGGUCGCGUAAGCUUGCUCGCUUGGCACAUCCCUCGUGUUUUCCAGCGGAGAGCUUGGGAUGUGGUAAUGUCAGCCAGACUUUUCAGAGCCCUGGCCGGAUCUCACUGUAUUUUAUCAAAAGUGUAUCAGUGCCAAAGACUUGCUCAUCGAACGUUAAAACCGCUUAAGGAAUUUGAGACUACAGUAUGCAGCACCGUGACGAGAAGCCAGAACUUGGAUUUAUUCUUUCCUGAGACAGCAGCGGGUGAUUUGAGUAAGUCCCAGGUCCUGGAAACAAGUCAGAAAAUACCAAAUACAAACAUACUGUCUCCAUUAAAUGCUGCACAUUGCCAGGGUGAAAAAGUGCACCUUCCGACCAGGAAAUCGUUUAGUACUCACAGGAAAGUGACUCACAAACCAAAUCUAUUAGGUUCUAAGUGGUUUAUAAAAAUAUUAGAGCGGCAGUACUCAUCUAUAUCAACGGAAACGGUUGUUCCUAAACAAGACUUUCCGCAAAUCAAGAGACCACUGAAAGCGUCGAGGACCAGGCAGCCAUCCAGGACCAACCUUCCAGUUCUCUCUGUGAAUGAGGACCUGAUGCACUGCACAGCGUUUGCAACUGCAGAUGAGUAUCAUCUUGGAACUCUCUCUCAAGAUCUGGUCUCCCACGGAUAUGUUGAAGUAACAAGCUUGCCUAGAGAUGCAGCAAAUAUUUUGGUGAUGGGCGUGGAACAUUCUGCGAAAGAAGGUGAUCCUGGAACAAUAUUCUUCUUCAGAGAAGGAGCUGCUGUGUUCUGGAAUGUGAAAGACAAAACUAUGAAGCAUGUGAUGCAAGUCUUAGAAAAACAUGAAAUCCAGCCCUAUGAAAUCGCACUGGUGCACUGGGAGAAUGAAGAGCUUAACUACAUCAAAACAGAGGGACAGUCAAAACUUCAUAGAGGGGAAAUCAGGUUAAAUUCGGAGCUAGAUUUAGAUGACGCCAUUCUAGAGAAAUUUGCUUUCUCAAAUGCCCUUUGUCUUUCAGUGAAACUGGCUAUUUGGGAGGCAUCACUGGACAAAUUUGUUGAGUCUAUUCAGUCAAUUCCAGAGGCUUUAAAAGCUGGGAAGAAAGUGAAACUAUCUCAUCAAGAAGUUAUGCAGAAAAUGGGUGAACUCUUUGCCCUGAGACACCGUAUAAACUUGAGUUCAGACUUCUUGAUCACUCCUGAUUUCUACUGGGACAGAGAAAACCUGGAACAACUUUAUGAUAAAACUUGUCAGUUCCUUAGCAUUGCUCGUAGAGUUAAGCUCGUGGCGGGACCACCAGCCUCAUCUCUCUGUCAGUCAAGCAGAAAAUUGAAAUGCAUGGUGGUUUCCUCUUUCUACUUCAUUCACCCUCCACGUCCAGGCACACCGUCCUUUCGUUUUCUCCUACGAAUCCAUUCAUUGACCGAUACUUCUUGAGAGUCCAGAUGACAGGCCCUGGGCUGGUGACCACACGGGGGACGGGGGGGGGGGGGGGCGGGUUACAGUGCUGACGCCUCCCUUCUAGGCCCCACCUGUAACACUCCCUAGACUGUUCCCAUACCUUCUUCGCUGGACCCUUUAGCUGGAAGGCAGAGAUGUCUCCUCUGCCCGGCACAGUAUAGUAAAUACGACAUUUGAAGACGGAACAAAGGACCCGCAGCGCCUACAGAAUAAAAUCCCAAGGUUACCUCGAGGUGGAGGUUUCUCUUGUGCUGUAACGAGUUGCCGCAAACUGGCUUACCGCAAACACAUCAGAUUACAGCGCUGUGGGUCAGAAGUCUGACGGGAGAGUCAUUGAGGCAAAAUCAAGGUGUGGCAGGACUGCGUUCCUUUCAGGAGGCGCUGGGCAGGAAAAGGCUUUCCUUGCCUUCUCCGGGUCCUACAGGCUGCCCACGUCCCUUGGCCUGCAGCCCCUGCCACACAGCAGAGGCGAGUUGGGGCCUCAUGUGGCAUCACUUGAAGCUCUUCUUGCCGUUUCCACCGUGACUACGCUGAACCCCACCUCCCCCAAUAAUCUAGGUUUAUCUCCCUGUCUUAAGGUCAGCUGAUCAGCAGCGUGGAUUCUAUAUGCAAUCGUAACUCUCCUUCUCCAGGCCGUGUGCAUAAGUCCCAGGGAUCAGGGUGUGAAUGCCCUUGGGGGAUCGUUAUUGUGCCUACGACAUACGGUCUACAGUAUCCCUCACAGUUGGGCACUAACUUACCUUUUUAACCUCACUUCCAAGUAUUUCCAAGUAUCCAGCGUGCUGUGCGUCCAUGCGGUUUCCUGUGUGAGAUGCUUUCCCCAGGUCCCCUUCCUGUAGCUCCCCGCCCUCUCCUCCCAGCACCUACCUGUUUAGAGCCCACUUCGCAUUUACCGCCUCUGUAUACCAUCCCUGUGUUCUCCCUCGUGUGUGCAUGUAACGUGAAUGACGCUGUAGCGAAAUGAAGUGGGAAGCGUGCGCUAGUGGGGACUCCCUUGCACAAACCACGGGAAAAGUUUCAGCGCUGCUUUUAUCACCGUGUACUGCCGAGAAAAACCAGGCUGGAGUGUGGGAGCAAGGCAUGUCUCGCACAGACCCAAACGGGUCACUCGGGACUCUCUCUCCUGAGCACCUUCUGUGCCAGGUUGGCCUCCUUCUUGCCUCUCCGUGGCCUUCUCUGGGGAAUGGGGGGAAACAGGUGUGGGGAGAGGGAACGUCCAAGUUGACAUUUCGGUCUGCCUGGCAACGUCAAGGGAUUGGGACAGGUGUCCAAGCUUUGACCAGCCGUGCGGUGAGAGAACUGGGCGUUAUGAUUGGCUAAGCCCGGGUCUUCUCCCCAGCUCUUCCACCCUGGGGCCUUGGGGAGGAGGCCUGGGGAAGGUGCCAGGUGGGUGCUGACAUCAUGAUGGGCAGUAUCGGACGGUUGAAACUCGUGCAAGAGGAACCCCCCAAGGUGGGGGGCAGGAGGGGAGGGUGCCGCGUGGACAGCAGAGGAUCGUGAGGCAGAACAAAGUGCCCGACACCAGGGGACAGGGCACUGAGGAAAGAGCGGGCUGGAAGGCUUUCUGAAGAUUGCUCAGGACCCCACCAUCUAAAAUGCGAUUGGACCACAUGAUCUGGGAUAAUGUUAUCAAGGAGGCAAUGAACGGUAAAAUGCUUACAAAGCUGUUGAACAGCCAUUUAGAAUGAAAACUGAUGCUGCGGGGGGGGGGGGGGGGGCGACGGUGAUGGAUCCCUUGAAUAAUGAAUAGUUGACGAAGACCUACCUCUGUAGUACUAAGGAAUGCUAAGUAGCGAGUAGAUUCAAGACUGUCCACAGAGGGGUAACCGUAGGGAGUGGGGAUUAGAGAUCAAACAUCUCCACCCCAGGUGACUGGGAAGAUAAGGACCUGAUUGCAAAAAGGAAACCCAAGGCAAGGGAUAGACUUGAACAGGAUGUCAGUUUUUGUUUUUAGAAACAUUAAAUUUGAGGUGUGGGCAGGAGACCCAGAAGAUGUUUUAUAGAAAGAAAUUCAGUCAGAGAAGGGUGCCUGGGCGGCUCAGUCAGUUAAGUGUCCGACUCUUGAUCUCCGCUCAGGUCUUGAUCUCAGGAUCAC